GGAAUAUCGGGGGACGGGAGACCAAGAGUGACUCAAGAGUAUCUAUAAUUCCCGGGCGAAACGAUACUUAUUAUAUGGUCUGCCCUUCUCCUCCCACUUCUUCCAAAUUCCUCAAAUUAUCCAUCAUUGUUCUCGUCUUUCGAACUUCACUUUCCUUAGUGUUGUGCCAUCUAGUUACAUCUUGAGGCCCUCUUAUACGCACUUACAUUGUUUAGCACUCUCCCCCAAAAGGUCUCAUACCUCUCACACAUCGGUCACAAUGGCGUCACAAAAUAUGGCAAACCCUUCUGUCAACCCUGAUAUCGAAGACGAGCUCUUCCAGAAGGAGGUUGAGGCUGUCAAGGCUUGGUGGUCCGACUCAAGAUGGCGACACACGAAGCGCCCUUUUACUGCUGAGCAGAUCGUCUCCAAACGCGGAUACCUCCCUGUCGAUUAUGCUAGUAAUGCCCAGGCGAAGAAGUUGUGGAAGAUUCUUGAGCACCGUUUCGAGACCCGAGAUGCCAGCUACACCUACGGCUGCUUAGAACCUACAAUGGUCACCCAGAUGGCCAAGUACCUCGACACCGUCUAUGUUUCUGGCUGGCAAUCGUCAUCGACAGCGUCUGCUUCUGAUGAACCUGGUCCCGAUCUGGCCGACUACCCCUACACCACUGUUCCCAACAAGGUCGGCCAUCUCUUCAUGGCCCAACUCUUCCAUGACCGCAAGCAGCGCCAAGAGCGUCUCAGCGUCCCUAAGGCGCAACGCGCCAACCUUUUGAACAUUGACUAUCUUCGUCCCAUUGUUGCUGACGCUGAUACUGGUCAUGGUGGCCUCACCGCCGUCAUGAAGCUCACCAAGCUCUUUAUUGAGAAGGGUGCAGCUGGAAUUCACAUUGAGGAUCAAGCCCCCGGCACAAAGAAGUGUGGCCACAUGGCAGGCAAGGUUCUUGUCCCUAUUCAGGAACACAUAAACCGCCUUGUUGCUAUUCGUGCGCAGGCUGACAUUAUGGGCUCCGAUCUCCUCGCCAUUGCACGCACCGACGCCGAGGCCGCAACUCUACUCUCCACCAACAUCGACCCCCGCGACCAUGCUUUCAUCCUCGGCUCUACAAACCCUACUCUUAAGCCCCUCAACGAUCUCAUGAUCGCCGCUGAGGGUGCUGGCAAGAGUGGCGUUGAGCUGCAGCGCAUUGAAGAUGAGUGGCUCGCCAAGGCCAACCUGAGCCGCUUCGACGACGCUGUGACCGCUGCCAUUGAUGCAGGCUCUUCCUCUGACAAGGCUGGUCUCAGGCGAGACUAUCUUACCAAAGCGAAAGGCAAGAGUAACCUUGAGGCGAGGGCCAUCGCUCGCCAGGUACUUGGCCAUGAUAUCUUUUUCGACUGGGACGCCCCCCGUACACGCGAGGGUUACUUCCGUCUCAAGGGUGGUUGCGACUGCGCUGUGAAUCGAGCCAUUGCAUAUGCUCCUUAUUGCGAUGCCAUUUGGAUGGAGUCUAAGCUGCCCGACUAUGCUCAGGCUAAGGAGUUUGCCGAAGGUGUCCACGCCGUCUGGCCCGAGAAGAAGCUCGCCUAUAACCUCUCUCCAUCAUUCAACUGGAAAACUGCCAUGCCUCGUGACGAGCAGGAGACCUACAUCCGCCGCCUGGCCAAGCUUGGCUACUGCUGGCAGUUCAUCACGCUUGCAGGCCUGCACACAACAGCCCUUAUCAGCGACCAGUUUGCCAAGGCAUACAGCACCGUCGGUAUGCGCGCUUACGGCGAGCUCGUUCAAGAGCCUGAAAUGGAGCAGAAAGUCGAUGUUGUUAAGCACCAGAAGUGGAGUGGCGCAACCUACGUUGAUGAGUUGCAAAAGAUGGUUACAGGUGGCAUCAGCUCCACAGCUGCCAUGGGCGCCGGUGUGACCGAGGACCAGUUCAAAUAAAUCACUGCUGGUGAGGGAGAGGUGGACAACAACGGAGCACAUAAAUGAAUAAAGAUCAACAUGGGCUGAAGAAUGACUGGAGGUUGUUGUGGGAGCGCAAAAAAACAGCGGCAAGUUCUUUGUCUUUGGGGCAUUUUGAUAUCACACUACUGGUUUCCGAUUUUUAAUUGCCAUAUUACUUUGCAUACGGCAAGCAUUUGCCUUGAUAUAUACUACUAGUGCAUGAAGCAAGAAAACAUCAUGAAAAGAACUUGAAACAGUGA